CAUGCAUAAUACAGUAAUAAUAUACUCUUGCAUUGAUCUACCAUUUCCAAUUUAAUGACUAAACAAUGGUGUUUUGAUUGUAUCCACAUAUAUAAAGUUGGCUACAAAGGGGAAGCACAAAGGGGAACAUAGUGAAGUCCUAAAGGAAUACCGCACCAAAGCCGAAUACUACAUGUGUGCCAAUCUGAACAUGAACAACUCAAGCAGCAGCAACGUGCGACGCACUACGGGAGGCUUGCUGUACGUCCGUAGAUGGAACAAUCUACAGUACGUCUCGUCCGCGGCCUUCCUCAUGACCGUGUACUCUGACCACCUCAGGUCAACCAAUGACAUUCUUUCUUGUGAGCGCGGGUCAGUGGGGCCCGACGAGCUCUUUGCAUUCGCAAAAUCACAGGUUGACUAUAUCCUCGGAAUGAAUCCGAUGGGUACGAGCUACUUGGUCGGGUUCGGUCCCAAGUAUCCCCAACGGGUGCACCACAGGGCUGCAUCCAUUGUAUCAUACAAACACGAAAAGAGCUUUAUCGGGUGCAUGCAGGGGUACUUCACUUACUUUGGUCGUCGGGAUCCGAACCCGAAUGUGGUUGUCGGGGCGGUUGUGGGCGGGCCGGAUAUGGACGACCAAUUUGAAGAUAGAAGGGGAAAUUACAUGCAAUCAGAGGCAUGCACUUACAAUACAGCAAGCCUUGUUGGACCAUUUGCCAGGCUCUACUAUUUACAACAAGAACAUGAUAUCUCAACAAGUGAUUUACCUCUAAUUUCUACUGGGAGGUAGAGAGUUAGUUAUAAAUAAAUAGUUCAUCACUUUUCCACGCUCAUAGCCAUGUAAAGACAGAUUGACCAAUUAUUUGUAACCUCUAAUCCAUCAAAGAUAUAGUUAUGGAAUAAAAGAUUAAGCAAUUUGGAACGUGCCUGGUUCGAAUUGAAAAGAGAACCGUCUCUGGAGUGUUGAUAUAGGCCGAAUUGCACGAACAACUUGGUGCAGGGGAUGCGAA